AGCGCCAUUCCAACCUCCUGUUUAGCGUAAGCCAUGAGCUCGCAGCAGUCACCAUCGCCGGCGGAGGCGAAGUCACCGCGACCGCCCGCACCCACCACCACCGUAACCGCUCUCGACGAUGAUCUCCUCCGUGAGAUCUUCCUCCGCCUCCACUCCCUACCGACCCUUGUCCGUGCCGCCCUCAGCUGCCGCACCUUUUUCCACGCCGUCCGGUCGUCGCCCGCCUUCCGCCGGAGCUUCCGGGAGGUCCACCCACCACCUCUCCUCGGCCUCUUCUUCGACCCCGACGGCCCCUCCAUCCCCGCCUUCGCACCCCUCCGCCGCCGCUCCGACCCUGACCUCGCAGCCGUCGUCCGCGGCGCCGAUUUCUUCCUCACCCGCCUCCCCGACGACGACGACGACGCCGCCGCCUUACCGGAGUGGGUCAUAUACGACUGCCGCGACGGCUACAUCCUCCUCGAACACGGAAGCCUGGAGCAGUACGCCGUCUACAACCCCCUCACACGGGCCCUGGAUCUCAUCCCCCAGCCGCCCGACGAGAUCUUCGACGACCAGCACGGCGACGCCUCCUGUCUUGGGUGCUACAUCCUCUCCUCCCAAGAGGGCGGCGAACCACUGCGCCUGGUCUACACCUGUCACGACGAGUCGCGGGCGCGUGCCGCCGUCUUCUCAUCAGAAAGCAGGGAGUGGCAGAUCCUCCCGUGGUCGGAGCCUGUGAGGCCACUGCCUGAGGACGAACACUGGCUUAAGGUUGGCACGAUGGCGAAUGGCUUCGUCUACUGGACACACAAAAAUCAAGCCUACAUCCUUGUGCUGAACACUGUGACACUGCAAUUCUCCCAGAUGGAUGUGCCGCCAGAUUUGGUGGAUCAAGAUUUAAUGUUUAAGGUUGGGGAGACCAAGGAUGGAAGGCCUUGCAUUGUCUGCCCGAUUGAUUUUGAGCUUCAUGCUUGGGUAUGGCGAGCCGGUCAGGAUGGAAUUGAGACAUGGAUAUUCGACAAGAAGUUUUCCUUGGAGACGAUUGUCGAGGUCACUGAGGGUACAUUUGAGCAACAUUGUGAACUGAAGGUUUUGGCCAUCAUUGGUGGAUUUGUGUACUUCUGUACCAUGGAUAUGUUGCAUGAUGCCAUUUAUCCUUGUUGGUUCCUGUCUCUAUGCAUGGAGACGGGGGAGCUGGGCACGCUCUUUCGGAGGAGAUUUGACGGCCAUGUUUACCCCUACAUCAUGGCAUGGCCUCCUUCUUUGAUAGACAACAAGGUGAACCCUCAAUUCGAAGGUGCUUGACAACAUGUGGACAAGGUAUCCUGACAUUUCCUUCGUUUGGCCACUAGAUGGUAUUGUAGUAAUGAUAUGUUCAAGGUGAUAGACAACAAGGUGAACCCCUCACUUUACACAUACGCCAUUCAGCACAAGUCUAUGGCUUUAUAUGACUGGCUGCAUUUCUGAACUGGUUCACAUAUGGCAUUCCGUCUCCUUUGAGACGGAGAUUCCACCUUUUAAUCGGUAUUGUUGUCAUUUUGAUCCUAUACUUAUGUUGUGUUGUCCGUUGGACAGAAUUUGGACUGUUCAUAUGUAAACGCUUGUAAGAGGUUCCACUUGGUCUUUUUAUUUUCACCUAA